UACGCUCAUUCACAACAAACAGUUGAAACGCGCGGGUCCUCUUGCGAGAGCGCUUAAUUAAUUAAUUGGGGAACUGACACACACGAGUGUGUGUGUGCGUUCGAGUGCGUGUACAUGUGCGGGAGUGUGAGCGGAGAUAAUUAGCUGAGCGGCAGCGGCCAACUCCCAGCCCAAAUCGAGAACAAAACGAGCGAAAAACAACGCAAAAUGCAUUAGCGGAGCGACAAUUUGUGCGGAAUGCUAGCUUUUGUGCAAUAAUUAUUUGUAACGAUUUGUUGCAAUUCUCCAACCGGUGUGCUUUUCGUCGAAAUCUGUAGCGAAAUCGGAGGCGAUAUCUAAGACGAAAUGCUUGUGUUGGCGGCAUUGUGAAAACGAAAUCAAAAUUUCAACUACGUGUUGCUCUUUUGCCGUUGCCUAAUUUAAUGUCGUGUUGUUUUUAUUUUCGCAAACGAAAGUCCAUCGCUUUGCAUGUGUGAGUAGCGAUCGUUUGUCGCCGUGUUGGUGGUAAAAGUCGGCGCAGAAACAACAAUAUCAGCAACAACACUAGUAGAAGCAAAAACAACAACGAGAAGAAAAGCCUUCAAGAUGAGUGUGUGGAGCGAUUGCAAUGCCAAGCAGGCAGAAUUCGGCAUUGCCAAGUGCAAUUUCGACCAGGAGACGAAGCCACAUCGCCUCAACCUGGAUGUGGGUGAUGCGGUCAUAAUUCUUAAGGAGACCACCCACUGGUACUACGGGUACAGACAAAAAGCAAAGGAAACACGCGGCAUAUUUCCCAAGAGCUAUAUACACUUAUGCGAAUAUAAUAUCGUGAAUGGGGAGUUCUGCAUCCAGCGCACGGAUAUUGUCGAGGAGAUCACCAAAGUUAUUUUGGAGUGGGGCUCCAUAGCCAAGAAUUACUUUCUGACCACAAAUCCCAGCUUUCCCAAAAUUCGCCGCAAAAUGAACGAAUUGAAUAACAAUAGAGCGGCUUUGAUCUCCGGAAAUCUGCCAUUGGACGAGGUGCGAAAGGUGAAGCUGCUGGCUACCAAUCAGAUCGAUACUGGCAACAAGCUCCUCGGCCUGGACAUGGUGGUGCGCGAUGAGAGCGGCGACAUCUUGGACACCAAUGCCAUCUGCACCACCGAGCUCUACGAGCAACAUACGCACGCUGUUCAGCGCAUCGACAAGGCCAAUCGGCUGUCCAGCGAGCGGGGAACUACAAGAACACCAAACAAGUACUCUCACAACAUCCUGCUACACGUGAACGCCUUCGUUUGCAAGUUCCAGGAGGAUUCGGACCUGCUCUUCACGCUCUUCGACGGGGAAACGCACAAACCCAUCAGCGAAAACUAUGUGGUCAAGUGGUCAAGAACAGGAAGCGCCCGCGAUGUUGAGCAAAUCGACAACAACCGCGUGCUGUUCACGGAUCUCAGUAAGAGCGACCUGGCCAUCGCCAAAAUGUACCUGGUGUGCUACGCCAUCCGAAUCGGUUCCAUGGAUUUUAAGGAUUCUUCCGAUUCGAAGCGGACGAGCAUGAGCAUUGCCAAUAGCAUGCUGAACGCCUCCAGCCGCAAGGCCUCCCAGCUAUCGGUGAGCUCCAGCGGAUCGUCCACCAGCAAUGGGGAAUACAUCAUUCGACGUCCGUUUGGUGUGGCCUGCAAGGACCUCACGCCCUUCAUCAAUAAGUCGGACGACUUCCGUGGCAACAUAGACCUGCCCUUCAUCAUGUGCGAAAAGGAAACGCUGGACGGAACGCUGCGUAAGCUAAUCGCGAACAAGGAUAUCGGCAAGAUUGACUCUAAGAUGGCAGUAACUAUCGAGGUGCUACGGGGCGACAUUAAGCAGAUUAGGGAAGAAUUUCCACGCUUGAUGCACACUAAUGUGCCGGUGGCCCGAAAAAUGGGAUUCCCAGAGGUCAUACUGCCCGGCGAUGUGCGAAAUGAUUUGUACCUUACCAUCUGUAGUGGAGAAUUUGCGCGCAUUGCCAAAACCUCGGAAAAGAACGUUGAGGUGUCGGUGUGUGUGGCCAAUGAGCAGGGAUACCUUAUGCCCGGUGUGCUGAGCAUCGGAGCUGGACAUCAACCCAUUGAUGAGUACAAAUCGGUGGUCUACUACCACGAUGACAAGCCCAAGUGGCAGGAGACCUUCAAGAUCCAUGUGCCCAUUGAGGACUUUAAGCAAUGCCAUCUGCGCUUUGUGCUCAAGCAUCGUAGCAGCAAUGAGCAAAAAGAUCGAACUGAGAAGCCCUUCGGCCUCGCAUAUGUGCGUCUAAUGCAGGCCAAUGGCACAACCAUCACACAGGGUCAACACACCCUGGCCGUUUACAAGAUCGAUCACAAGAAGUACGACAAAACGGUAGCCAAUUGUUAUUUGGAGCUUCCAGCCACGGUUGCUGAGCUCCAGGGUGCAAAGCCUUCCAUCGGUGGACUCACUCUUCUGCCAAAAGAUCAGCUGUCCAUUGGGGUUAACCUGUGCAGCACCAAGCUCACUCAGAGCGUAAGCUUGUUGGGUCUUCUGAAUUGGUCGGCGCACAAGGAGACGCUGGAACAGUCGCUAAACGCCUUGUCCACAGUGCCCGGAGAGGAGGUGGUGAAGUUCCUGCAGGACAUACUCGAUGCCUUGUUCAAUAUACUGGUGGAGAAUGAUCAUCCGGAGAAAUAUGACCAGCUCGUCUUCAUGAGCAUUAUACAUUUGAUUGAAACGGUGUCCGAUCUCAAGUACCAACACUUUCUCACUGUUCUCGAUGUGUACAUUAAUGAGAGCUUCUCGUUUACACUGGCCUAUACCAAAUUAAUGGAUGUGCUGCAGAAGAACAUUAGUGAUGCGAUCUCACCAAAAGAAAAGUCCGCUGAUGGCAAUGAUCUGGAAGAGAGUGCGGAGGUGCGACGCCUGUACAAGACGACUCGUUACCUUCACUAUGUGAUGAAGUUCGUGAUUCGAUCGCGUGUGCUCUACGCUGAGAUGAACUGCAACACGGACUAUGUGGACUUUGCUACCCGGUUGCAGGAGCUUCUUCGCAUGUUCAUCGACAUGAUUGGCUGUCCGAGCAAUCUGCUUAAAUCGGAGGGAGCACUGCUCAAGAAUCUGCACAUCAUAGCCACAGAUCUGAUGCAGGUCUUCGAUCAAGUGCGCUUGAGCAUUUCCAUUGUGGAAAUCCUUGAGAAAUUCCCGCCGCGACGUCUUACUCAGUCUAAGAUGGGAUGCAUCAAAGAUUUUGUGGAGACAAAGCUGUUUACGUUGCCCAAAUGUCGGGCCAUUCUACUGCCCGUGUUCUGCAAACACAUCAAGGAUCACCUCGAGAGCAAGGAGGAGGGAGACUCGAAAACCGAUAUCUGGCAGCAAGAAAAGAAUCUUUCGAAAGCCGCCAAAGUGCUCGGACAGAAAAAAUCCCAACUGCAUACAUGUGAUACGACUGCCAACAAAAAGAUUGCCGAGUGCAUCAACAUCAUGAACAACGUACUGAAACUUCUGUUUCGGUCGGAUGUGGGAUCCACGCACAAUGACAUUCGAGACAUUAUGAUCAUCCUGUUCCGCACCGUAAUGAAGGCAGCCCACGCCCUGGACAGGGACACGGGAUUGGUGGGCAAAUUCUUUGCCAUUAUGCUGGGUAUACUGCAGCGAAUGGACGCCCAGCACUACGAGUACUUUGUGAAGGACUUGCACCAGCGUGGAGAGUUGAAGCACUUUGUCAUAGAAAUCCUUUUGGUAUUUGAGGAGCUGGUGUCUCCGCACCAGAAAGCCGUGUUUCCGCGGGACUGGAUGGACAUGAUUAUGCACCAGAAUACUGUGAUUCUUGGUGCUCUGAAGCAUCUUACCGUGGUCAUUACGGACUACUUCUUGUGCCCGUUCGAGAAGCAGAUCUGGUCGAACUUCUUCCAGUGCUCCAUCGCCUUUCUGGUGCAAUCACCGCUGCAAUUGAAUGACUUUAACGAUAACAAACGGCAAAUUGUGUUCGCACGCUACCGUGACAUCCGCAAGGAUACGGCCAUGGAGAUCAGGAAGAUGUGGUUUCAGUUGGGACAGCACAAACCCAAAUUUGUGCCGCAGUUGGUGGAGAACAUACUGGAAAUGAGCAUGAUACCGGAGAAGGAGCUGCGCCAGGAGACCAUUCCCAUCUUCUUCGACAUGAUGCAGUGCGAGUACUACAGCUCGCGAUUGGAGCUCGAAAGUUACGGCGAUACCAAAUUCAACAAUGCCCAUCACAAGGGUAACUUUUCCGACUUCAAGACAGCGAUGAUUGAGAAGUUGGAUAUCCUAAUCGGGGCUGGUAAGGGCGAUGCCGAGUACAAGCAUUUGUUCGAGACAAUAAUGCUGGAGCGCUGCGCUGCUCACAGCACGCUUAACGUGGACGGCACUGCCUUUGUGCAGAUGGUAACCCGGCUGAUGGACAAACUGCUGGAGUACCGAUUUAUCAUCCAGGAUGAGAGCAAGGAGAAUCGCAUGGCUUGCACCUUCUCUCUGCUGCAGUUCUAUUCGGAGGUGGAUCUCAAGGAGAUGUACAUCCGGUAUGUCGACAAACUGUGCGCUCUGCACAUGGAGUUCGAGAACUACACAGAGGCGGCAUUCACGCUUAAGCUGCACACGGAACUGCUGCGUUGGACGGAUACGGAACUGUCGCACCAACUGCGCAGCUAUCGGCACAGAACCUGCCGCACUCACCGGCAACUGAAGGAGGCGCUCUACUUUGAGAUUAUGGAUUUCUUCGACAAGGGCAAACAGUGGGAGUGCGCCAUCGAUAUGUGCAGGGUGCUGGCUCGCCAGUACGAGGAGGAGAUCUUCGACUAUCUUAAGUUGGCGGAACUUCUGAAUCGCAUGGCAUUGUUCUAUGAGAAGAUCAUCAAGGAGCUGCGUCACAAUUCCGAAUACUUCCGCGUCUGCUUCUAUGGGCGGGGAUUCCCGCGUUUUCUUCAGAACCGCGUCUACAUUUUCCGUGGCAAGGAGUACGAGCGGCACAGUGACUUCUGCGCCCGUAUGCUAGUCCAGCAUCCGCAGGCCGAGCUCAUGCAAACGCUGGAGGCGCCGGGCGAGGACAUCACCAACAGUGAUGGGCAGUACAUACAGGUGAACAAGGUGGAGCCGAUAAUGGGUCAGGCAUUCAACAAGUUCAACGAUAAGAUCAUCAACAACGAAAUCGUCAAAUACUUCACCGCCAACAAUGUGCAAAAGUUUCAGUUUUCACGCCCCUUCCGGGACAGCUUAAACGGUGGAGACAGGGACGAUGUACGAAAUCUGUGGCUGGAGCGCACUGAACUGCUCAUCCGCUACCCUCUGCCGGGUAUUCUGCGCUGGUUCCCCGUCAUUGAGACCAAUACUUUUAAAAUCUCACCCCUGGAGCGAGCGGUUGAAAUUAUGAAGGACACAAACCGUGACAUUCGGCAACUGGUGAUACUGCACAAGAGUGACGAAAGUCUGCACAUCAACCCGCUGAGUAUGAAACUUAAUGGCAUUGUGGAUCCGGCUGUAAUGGGCGGCUUUGCCAAGUACGAGGAAGCCUUCCUCACCGAUGACUAUUUGGAGCAGAAUCCGGACGACAAGGAGUUGGUGGAAGAGCUCAAAGAACUGAUUGCCAACCAGAUUCCACUGCUCGAUUUGGCCAUUCAGCUACAUCGCUUGCGGGCGCCAGACAGUCUGAAAGCUCUGCAGGAGCACCUGGAACGCUGUUUCGCCGACAUGCAGCAGCAUGUGGAGUUGCGCUAUGGUCGCAAGUCCUGUGACCUCAAAAUCGAACGCGACUCGGUGGUGAUGCGACGUCCGAACUCCUUCCUGCCUCCGCUUUUCGAUGGCAGCAACAAUCGACACUCCGAAACCAGCAUGGGAUCUUCAGACAGCGGCUUGUCGAAAUCAACAUUUCUGCCGCGUCCACAGACCAAUUCGAUUAAGAACCCAUUUUCCGGCCUAAGUUUCAACACUAGGCCCAGUUUGGGACACUCGCCGAGCAUCAAGAGCAACAAGUGCAAGGAUAAGACUCCAAAUAAGCGAAGAACUAAGGAUGGAAAGGUAAAGGAGCGUGAAGCCCUUAGCCUGUCCAGCAGUCAAUGGUACACGCCGCCAUUGUCUACUAUAACAUCGACGCCGGAGAAGGAGAUCAACGUAUCCAUAGCCUCGCUAGCGAGCACAUCGAAUAGUUCUUUAAGUGGUCCCAAGACGCCAGACCCUCAUGUCCUGACAGAGGAGCUAACCCCCAAGCGACCUCUGCGUUCGGAAAUGGAGAAGGAGCGUCGACUCUCUCGUCCUGCCAGCAUCGCUACGCCAACGGCCAGUAUCAAGAAUUUUCCUGACACGCGCUCCCUGUCCGAAAGCAGCAACCGCAACUCUGUUGAAACCACCGAUUCCACUUCAGAGGAGGACAUUCGACCACCACCGUUGCCCGCCAAGGCACGUGACUCAACAGAUUUUACCAGCCUGUCGCAAAACAUGGAUUGGACGCCGAAUGGUUAUGCGAUGCUCAGCACUAUUAGCAACACCAGCAGCAGCAGCAUGAGCACCACCUCAACCCUGACGAAGACCAGUAUUACCAACACUACGUACGAGUAUUUGGAGACCACGAACUUCAGUUUGGUGGGUGCCAUCGAUGGAAACAAACCGCGUCCGCCGACGCCGCCACCGAAGCCAUCGCGCCACAGCAAACACAUUCCGUAGGGUAGCGAAGGGCAUCUAUGAACCCCAGAAGCUUCCAGUGCAGCGCCAUAUAUGUUCAAACGUUGUCGAGUGCCAAAUAUUCCUGUUACUACAUGUAUAGCCGGCAAUCGAGCCUGUAUCUACAGCCACAAAAACAGCAACGACCUUUGCCUCAACCUUCGACCGCCUACCAAAUCAAGUGUCUUAAAAACGAUCGCAUUAGCAUAUAAAAUUCAGAUUUCCGAUAAUUAUGUUUAGGUGUUUAAUUACGUUUAAAUGAUAUUAUGUUGAACAUGUCAUUUUUGUUUAGUUAAGCUUUUCGUCGUGUAAUUUGUUUUAGAACAAACCCAAAUGCUUGUCUUUCACAAGUACUAAUUCAUGUUGUACACAUAUAUGUUGUACUUUAGAUAUCUACGAUAGAUUUAAGCUGAAAUAAUGUUGUAGAAAAACGUUGUACGUCUCUUAUGCAAACAAGUGCCACAGUCUUUAUGCAAUAGCAAUUAACAUACACGAACCCUACGACCAUAUCUUCGAUUUUACGAACGAACAACGUGGUUUUAGCACAAAUUUACUAACAAGUCAAUUAGAAAGUACUAAUGUGAAACGAAAUCUUGUAUGCUACAAUUUUACACAAUUUUUUAAAGAAUGCAAAACUAUUUACACUGUUUUUAUACACUUCAGUAUAGCCAUAAAGUAGAGCAACUAAACAUUGAGAUUUAUUCAUUAAGAAUAUUAUACGUAUGAACAACGUGCACUGAAACCAUAACGCACAAUUAUUUAAACAAACGUUUAAAUAUUUAAUUUUAGCCAAAAUCACUGUUUAAUUAUGUUUUAAAUGGAUUCUGUGUAAUUUUCGAUCUGUGUAUCGGCCAAAGAUUAAGCAAUAAUAAAAUACAAGUAAGCAUGUAAAAGCUACGAAAUUUUA